CAUACUUACACCCUAUAUGCGUUCUCUAUUGGUUUCAAGAUAUUGACAAAAUACACGAGAAAGUGAAUUAAUGUGUACAAAAAAUGGACAAUUUUAGUCCAUCGUUUUCAUCCGUUUGCAUCUUUUUCUGCCUGGAAAUUAUGACGAAUGAAUGGGCGUUUCCGCGCCUUUUGAGUCAUGGACUACAUUUCCCAGAGGACGUCGGUGAGUAUCAUAAAUUGUUCGGAAUUGACGUAAAAUCAGCCCGUAAAGUAAGCGUGGGUGCAAAUGCAGCAACAACUCUGAAAAUCGAAUGGGACAAGCAAUUUAAGAAGAAAAUCCCGCUCGUCAACGAUCGUGACGUUAAAAGUGAAGCAAAAUGUCUGAGAACUUAAUCCAGAGGAUAAAGCAGCUGGAGGGGGAAGUGGAAACGCUCAAGUCCCAACUGAAUGAAAACCACGUGGAGAGCAGUCCGUCCCCCAACAACCAGAAGAUCAAUGUUAAAAAAGGGAAGAAAGCAGGCAAGGAGCGGCCAUUUGACUUCUCUGCACACCCUCGCCGCCACGUUGCCCUACGUCUGGCCUACCUGGGAUGGGCCUACCAGGGCUUCGCCGUCCAGGAGAACACGGACAACACAGUUGAGGCCAGGCUCUUCGAAGCCCUUCUCAAGACGCGCCUCAUCCAGGACCGACAGAGUUCGAACUAUCACCGGUGCGGACGCACAGACAAAGGCGUCAGCGCCUUCGCCCAGGUGAUAACAAUCGACCUACGCUCCACACAGUAUUCCGGGUUGGGCGUCUCGCUUCCUAAAAACGCCCAAAAAGACUCCAUCGCCGCCUCCGAGCUUCCCUAUGUGAAAAUGCUGAAUAGAGUCCUCCCUCAGGACAUUCGGAUUUUAGACUGGUCCCCUGUCGCUGAGGGCUUCAGCGCGCGUUUCGAUUGCCAGUCCCGCACGUAUCGCUACUAUUUUCCGCGAGGCUCUUUGGAUGUGGCAGCAAUGGCGAACGCUGCGAAACGGUAUGAAGGCACCCACGACUUCCGUAACCUGUGCAAGAUGGACGUGGGCAACGGCGUCCUGCAGUUUGAGAGGACCAUCCUGUCAGCCGAGGUUAAGCCGGCAGAACCCCUACGUGCCGACAGCACAGACCCACACGACUUGUUCGUAUUUGAGAUUCAAGGACUCGCCUUCCUCUACCACCAGGUUCGCUGCAUGAUGGCCGUGCUGCUUCUGAUUGGACAGAAGUUGGAAGCUCCAGAAAUUAUCCAGAGCCUCCUUGAUGUUCACAACAACCCCAGGAAGCCACAAUACAGCAUGGCGGUGGACUACCCGCUUGUCCUGUAUGACUGCCGCUUUGAUGGCCUGAGUUGGAAGCAGGAGACCGAGGAGCUUAGUCUCGCCCUAUCUUCUCUUCAGCAACAAUGGACGCAGAGCGCAGUCAAGGCUCAAGUCCUGCGCGACAUGAUUCGGGGCUUGGAGCCCAUGAGCGUGGUGUCGUCCAGUCUAUGCUUGCUGGUGGAAGGCAGCCGCCAAAGGAAAUACCGGCCCUUGCUGGAGCGCCCGCUCUGUGAAAGUCUUGAGUCACGCAUCGAGCACUUUGUGAAGAGAGGCCGGCUGGAGUUGGAGGAGGGUGAGGGCAGCGGAGAAACUGUUCACAAAGGGAAACGAUCCAAAAAUGCACCUGUUGUCUCUGAGAUCAACCCUCGGAAAACUAAGGAGUUGGUUGUGGAUUUCUGCGGGAAAAAGUCCUCACCAGCACCGAUGAACAUCCAGGGUAUGGACAUAGAGAGGGUGACCUCCUACAAGUACCGUGGUGUUCUUCUGAACGACAAACUGGACUGGUCUACAAACACGGACACCCUGAUUAGGAAAGGACACUACUCAGGAAACUGAGGUCUUUUGGGGUUCAGGGGUCACUCCUUAAGACGUUCUAUAACUCGGUGGUGGCCUCGGCCAUCCAUUAUGGCAUUGUCUGCUGGUCAAGCAGCAUCUCAGCCCGGGACAGAAAGAGACUGGAGCGACUGGUCAGGAAGGCCAGUUCUGUCCUGGGUUGCUCCCUUGACACUCUGGAGGAGGUGGGCAACAGAAGGAUGCUAACUAUACAAUACAAUACAAUACAUGCUGAUUUAUAUAGCGCUUUCACAACAGCGGCAGCUGUAACAAAGCGCUUUACAAAACAGUUAACAUAAAGUAAAAUAAUAAACACAACACGUAACAUAAAACACGGACAGUCGUGCAGUUCUAACCACUUUUCCAUCACACGCUUUGUUGUUUGAAGCUGGUUUGAGAUGAAAGAGGAGAGAAUCAAAGUGUCCUUUAACCAGUGGAUCAGAGACGUCAUGCUCAGAAUGUGCACACGUCGGCUACAAGCUAAGUUUCAAAGUCAACAAGAAGCUAAAAAAAACUAAGCUAAAAGCUAUGAUGGCCAGUCCCUCCCACCCCCUCCAGCCCGCCCUGACAGCACUUGGUAGCUGCUUCAGCCAGAGACUGUUACACCCGCGCUGCAAGAAGGAGAGAUACCGACGCUCGUUCCUACCGACUGCUGUCAGGCUGAUGAAUAAAAAAAAAAAAAACAAUCAUGAUAAUAAUAAUAAUGAAAUGAUGUGAAGGAAAAUUGUAAAUAGUACUGCGAUUUAUCCAUUUUGUGUUCAUAUUGCAUUUAAUUGAAAGAUGUUUGUUGUUUUUUUUCCUCUUUUGUUCUUUCUUCUUUCUACAUACAUUCUUGCUUCUGGAGGCUGUAAAUUUCCCCAGUGUGGGACGAAUAAAGGAUAUCUUGUUGUUUUUUUUUUGGUGGAGGGGGCCGGGGUUCCGUGAAAUAAACACACCUCUCAAUCAA